AUGGCAGGGUGGGUUGUAGUUGUGGUGCUGGUUGUGAGCUACACCAAUGUACUUGGAGCACAGAAGUGGGGAAGGCUUCCACAGCGUCUGACUAGGCCAGUGACUUAUGCUGAGCAGCCCCAGUGGAGGCCUCAGCAGGCUACACAGAGGCCAGCAGACACAACUCCUAUGGAGAAAUGCCAAGUAAAUGAGGAGGAGAGGAUUACUUGUGGAAACCCUGUAAUUACUAUUACUCAAUGUGAAGCGAUCAACUGCUGCUUUGAUGGGCGGCGGUGCUACUAUGGGAAAGCAGGUGAGUCCACUAUUGUAGUUGUGAUUUUCCCUGAAUGUAUUUUACAAUUUCAUGUCAUUCUCUGGACUUAUCCCUGCCAAGCCUAGCUUCUAAGACUCAGUUAUGGAGUGAUGUUAGUGCCAACAUUGAGUGAAUUAAAUGUUCUGUUUGUACUGUCACGCCAUACCUUUCCACAAUGGUGGACAAACUACUCAACUCCUGUCUGUGCCAUCUCCUUCCCCAGUGACUGUGCAGUGUACCAGAGAUGGCCAGUUUGUUGUGGUGGUGGCCAGGGAUACCACUUGGCCCAACCUGGACCUUGAUUCUAUCAAUCUGCUUGGAGGGCAGGAUGCCCCCUGUAAGCCUGUUGGCACCAAUACAGCCUUUGCCAUAUACCAGUUCCCUGUCACUGCAUGUGGCACCACUCUGAUGGUGGGUAGAUGUCUUAAUGUGCCAUGCAAUGUAGGUCUUUGAGCAUCUAGAAAAGUGCUCUAUGAAUCAAUCCAUUGUUGCUUCCACAGUGGUGGGGGGGGGGGGUCCAUAUCUUGGUCUGAAACACUGCUGGGGUUCUAGUCUCCCUAGUAGUUAAUAGGCAAUUAUGUAAUUACCUGGUGUGCCUGAUUUUGUGAGGGUACAAAUAAUACCUGCGGUGUGGUUAACUGAAAGCCUGGAUGUUAUAUAUCCACUGGCCUACACUAACUUAAUGUGUUUUGUACCUUUCAGGAUGAAAGUGGCUAUGUGGUUUAUGAGAACAGCAUGACCUCUUCCUAUGAAGUGGGGGUUGGACCUCGGGGCUCAAUCACCAGAGACAGCCAUUUUGAGUGGGUCUUCUCUCCACAGGGGCUUGAAGUUGUUUUCAACCAAUUCUGCACAAUUAAAUACUCAAACUAUUUUUAGAUAUAUUUUAUAAGCGUUUCAGUUAAUUAGCCGACGCUAAAUGGUAUCCAAUUUGAUGCUCGAGUCUGCAUGCCCAGCAUAUACUAGCUAGCCCACACAAUCAAUGUUGAGAAACUCAAUACUGGUGUUCCAUAACAGUCAAUGUUUCUAUCCUAGGCUGCUAUUCCAGUGUAAGUAUUCUGGCACUGCAGUGGAGGUUCUAGUUGUUGAGGUGAACCCUGUUCCUCCACCUGCUCCGGUUGCGGCUCCUGGACCCAUCAGACUGGAGCUCCGACUGGCCAGUGGGCAAUGUUACAACAAGGGAUGUGUGGAAGGUAAGUUGGCAAAAUGGUUGCUUGUUUGAGAAUAAUAUUAUUUCCUUAAUGGCUUGUAGUUUUGUUUGAGGGGGAAUUGAUUUGUGGCAUAAGGGCUGGGUGCAGUUCGGUUCACACCAAACUAACAUGCCUGGUUCUGUAAAUCCUAGUCUUCUAUAAAGACUUAGUUGAGUCAGAUGUGUUGCUUCCUGGGUAGGACAAUGCCUGUAUCACACUCUGUGGGUAAGAUGGCCAGCACUGUUCUGAAACUUUUACACUUCAGCUGUUUGUGUGAACUCUACCCUUUGUUUCCACAGAAUUGGAAGCCUAUAGCUCAUACUACAGUGAGGCAGACUACCCAGUUGUGAAGGUCCUAAAGGAGCCAGUGUAUGUUGAGGUUCACAUCCUGGGGAGGACAGACUCUAACCUGGUCCUGAAUCUGGAGCACUGCUGGGCCACAUCCACCCACAGUCCUCUAAGCCUGCCCAAGUGGGACCUCCUGGUUGAUGGGUAACUAAGAUGGUUGCUUUGCUGCUCGAUUUUCAUGUAAUGCGCCUUUCCAACUUUCAUUUUGAAUCUGUGCUUACAUGUAAAGCACUUAGCUUGUAAACUAACUGGUGCUGUCAACCUAGGAACUUUGGGAAGAUUUCUGGAGUUGUCCUAACAAUGACUUUCUCCCCUCUCCAGGUGUCCCUACCAGGAUGACCGCUACCUGACCAAUGUGAUCCCUGUGGCUGGCUCCUCUGGCAUUGCAUUCCCAACCCACUACAAACGCUUUGUGGUCAAGAUGUUCACCUUUGUGGAUGCUGACACCUUAACCCCUCUGAAGGACAGGGUACUGCAUCUUUACUUCACUACAGCAGGAGUAUUUAAAUCAUGGUCUGAAGGACUGCUGGGUUUUCUCCCUGAUGGUUGACUGAUUGGCAAGAAAGUCCACUCCCUGUCAUGUCACUAGUUGAAAACCAGCAGUGGUGCUGACCUCUAAGGCGCUUUUAAAUGGCCCUGCAGUUUUAAUGGAUUGCAUAAUAGUCGCUAUUUGGGGCAGCCUAGUGGUUAAUAGCGUUGGGCCAGUAACUGAAAGGCUGCUGGUUCGAAUGUCGAGUAGGUGAGAUCUGUUGUGCUGCUUAACCCUAAUCGCUCCUUUAAUUAAGUUUGGAUAAGAGCGUCUUCUAAAUGACUAAAGUGACACCAUGCUUAAGGAUUGCAUUCCAGCUGCAGGUUGAUGUUCAUUGUCAUCUGUCUUGCCCUGGAGGCAGAACUGAGUACUUUCCACUAGAUGGGAUGGAUAUAAAGUCAACAUUGUAGAAAUGCAUAAACAAAUUAGCAGUGACUGUUAGGUUUAAAAUCAGAUUUUGACUGUUCCAGCUAGUGACCACUCUGCAGAGCUGCCUCUAGUACAUGAAUCAUCCCAAUAAAUGCCAACCUGCUUUCCAUCCAGGUGUUCAUUCACUGUAGUACGGAGGUGUGCUACCCUACUAAGACCUACAACUGUCAACAGCACUGCAACAGGCUUAGUAAGUGGGUUUUUAAAAAUCUAUCUGGGGUUGAAUUCUAACUUUCAUCUAGCUUAAGUAAAGCGGUGGCCACCAACUGUGGUCCUGGAGCACUAUGGGGUUUACAUUCGCACAAACCUCAAGACAUCUCAACCUUUUUAUUUAACCAGAAUUUUUGAAAGUUGCUGAACUGCUUUGUGAAUUAGUUGGGAUUUAGGGGCCUUAAGUCACGUGCCUCACAAUCUUCUGUUCCUCCUUCAGGGAGAGCUGUGGCAGCAGUGAAGUCUGUGGAUGGUGAGAUAGCUGUGGUGUCCAGUGGGGAGCUGAUUCUGACCCUAUAA